AUGAGCAGGGCCAAGGGGUUGGGUUGCUUGUUCUCACGCCCAACCCGCAGACUCAGCCCGAGGAAAGUUUCGCUUUUAAGAGGGAGAGGAACAAACAUGGCAGCGCAUUCAAGGCGUUUGUGUGUGUCUGCGACCAUUGCGUUGGUGCUGCUGCUGGUUUAUGAGGUUCCCUUAGCCUCUGCCCAAAGAAAGAAGGAGAUGGUGCUUUCGGAAAAGGUUAGUCAGCUGAUGGAAUGGACCAAUAAAAGACCUGUAAUAAGAAUGAAUGGAGACAAGUUCCGCCGCCUUGUUAAAGCCCCACCAAGAAACUACUCCGUUAUUGUCAUGUUCACUGCGCUCCAACUUCACAGACAGUGCGUCGUGUGCAAGCAAGCAGAUGAAGAAUUCCAGAUCCUGGCAAAUUCCUGGCGAUACUCCAACGCAUUUACCAACAGGAUAUUUUUUGCUAUGGUAGAUUUUGAUGAAGGCUCUGAUGUAUUUCAAAUGCUCAACAUGAAUUCAGCGCCAACUUUCAUCAACUUUCCGGCGAAAGGGAAACCCAAAAGGGGUGAUACAUAUGAAUUGCAGGUGCGCGGCUUUUCAGCUGAGCAGAUUGCCCGCUGGAUUGCUGACAGAACUGAUGUCACCAUUAGAGUAAUAAGACCCCCAAAUUAUGCUGGUCCCCUUAUGCUGGGAUUGCUUUUAGCUGUUAUUGGUGGACUUGUGUAUCUUCGAAGAAGCAAUAUGGAAUUCCUCUUUAAUAAAACUGGAUGGGCUUUUGCAGCUUUGUGUUUUGUGCUUGCUAUGACAUCUGGUCAGAUGUGGAAUCAUAUCAGAGGACCACCGUAUGCCCAUAAGAAUCCCCACACGGGACACGUGAAUUAUAUCCAUGGAAGCAGCCAAGCCCAGUUUGUAGCUGAAACACAUAUUGUUCUUCUGUUCAAUGGCGGGGUUACCUUAGGGAUGGUGCUUUUAUGUGAAGCUGCUACAUCUGACUUGGAUAUUGGAAAGCGAAAGAUGAUGUGCAUGGCUGGCAUUGGACUUGUUGUAUUAUUCUUCAGUUGGUUGCUCUCUAUUUUCAGAUCUAAAUAUCAUGGAUAUCCAUAUAGCUUUCUGAUGAGCUAAAAAGGAUCCCAGAGAUAUGUAGACACUGGAGUAAUGGAAAUUGAUAAAAUGAAGAAAGAUGUGUGUGCGAAAAGAAGAAUGAAUCUUUGUAUUUUGUAUUACCUCUUUUUUUCCAAGUGAUUUAAAUAGUUAAUCAUUUAACCAAAGAAGAUGUGUAGUGCCUUAACAGCAGUUUCUUGUCAAACUCAUGAAGUAUUUGGAUACAAUCUUUACUUUCCCUUCCCAGUAAACUUCAUGGGACAUUUCAUUUAAUAGUAUUAAGAAUAUUAUUAAAAUGUUAAAACUAUGACUGCAGUUUAAUUAGAACAAGGUUCAAAACUGCUUUACUUUUGUCCAGAUGAUUUUACUUAUCCAAAGGUGGGAGGGAGUCCUAACCAGGUGUUCCUGCAUAUACAUACCUAUGCCUAUUGCCGAUCAGUACUACAUCAGGAAUCCAUCCUUAGCUUUUCCAUUUUUGCAUCAGUGUGUAUACUCUUGCACAUUUUUCCUUUUGGGAAGAGAAAUCAUAUAUGCUAUGUGGUCUUCUGAAAGUAGAACACUGUUCUUCAGAGUACAUGUCUAGCCUUUAGAAAAAAAAGGAGUAGCCAGUCCUCCUCCAUCUUUCUGACUGAAAUACAGUGCUGGCUAUCUAUGCUUCCUGGUAGCUGUAGGUGUUAAAAAGUAUCUCUAAGUACAGGAUUAUGAUUUCUGUAUGAGUAUGGAACUAACUACCUUGUAUUUGGAAAGAUUUUGGGUUCAUUCUGACUCCCUAGUUUUAUUUAAGGCAGGACACCUUAUAGUAAAAAUGUAGCUUAGUGUUAAACAUCGUCACUUAUUUCAUUUGUACCUAAAUGAAAAGAAAUAGGCCCAUCUGGUGAAUUUGGUUUCUGUAUUACAGUUACAACAUAUUUCAGUAAUCCUUGUGUUUGGGAAAAGGACCCCCGUAGAUUAAAAGAAGACAGUCAUGAAAUACUGCAUUGUUUGCCUGUAAAUAGAAGUCAGUGCUUCUCGAAAGCUGUUCUUUGUUUGCUAUUAUUUUAGCCUUUAUUCUCCACUUUAAGUGGUAAAACAAAGUAAACAAAGAGACUUAGUUUGAAUGUUGUCUUUUUUGGUCAGUGGAAAUAACCAUAUGUGCUAACCAAAUUUCUGUGAAGAAUGAACACCUGACAGUUAUCAUUAGCUCUAGCUAUAACCUCCCCAUAGUUACGAAGAGUAUACUGAAAUGCCACUCUGCCGGAAAUAGAAUUAUGAUUGUGAAACAGAAAUUGUAGAAGUAUUGAAUGAAAAUAAUACUGUGACUGCCUGCUACUAUUUACUAUCUAAUAAAUCUUCCAUGCGAUCUAGAAGUCCUAUAUAAUAGAGGUUUGCAGAAAGAGAUGGAUUUAACUAUCUAAGAAGAAAUGUUUUAUAUGAGUUUUUUUCAUGUGUUUUUGUGAGUACAUUUGGUAGGUGGAGGGACGUAGUCUAACUCUUUCGUGGAGCCACUUUUGGUUAAUUACUCCCCUGUAAAUUGUGUGAUUCUGGACUCCUUCUCUGCUGUUCUUGUACGUGUCUCAGGCCAAAUACACAUGCUGUGAUUCUUACGAGACCUGUAUGAAGAUGCCCUGAUUUGUGCAGACUGGCCAGGGGAAUACUACUGCCAUGUAAUCUGUGUUAGCUCCAGAUAAUUUGCCAUGAGUAUCGAAAGAAUGACCAUCCUUUGCAUUCGGUUUAUCUCUCUUAAGAGCACAUUCUUUUUAUGUAAGGAGAGGAGUUGCAUUGUGGCUAAAAUCUGUACAAAGCGGAUAUUUACUACACUUAGAAUAGUGUUGCCUUUGUGGAAAUGUUGGAAUUCGCUUUCAUCUGAAGUGCCUUAAGUAGACUCUUUACUUUUCUAGUAAUGGUUUAAAUAUUAUUUGUUAUGCAUUGUUAAAAUACUAUUAAAAAUGACACAUUGUAGUGGCAAAAAUAACCAAAUGUCUGCCUGUUUGCUUUUUGACGAUAUCAAUAAACUUUUACAAUCUAAA